ACACGCCAACGCAACUCACGCCUCAACACAACACAACACCAUACCAUAACACAUAAACUAAGAUUUCAUUCUCCACUAUCAUAUCAUCUCUCAUGCUUCCAACGCUCUCCAACAUUUUUCUCAUCGCUCACACACACACACAGACAUUCAGACAUGACUGAUGCUAACAACACUUUCGACACUAUUAACGCUGCUGCUUUUGCCAUAGCCUCCUCUGCUCCCCACAACCGCCUUUCUCAUCCUCCUACCCAGAAGAAAGGAUGGGGAAGCUGGUUGAGCAAAAUUGGGUGUUUUGGAUAUCAAAGAAACAGAAAGCGCAUUGGACAUGCGAUCCUUGUUCCAGAAACAGCCACCAAUGGAGCUGAUCCUGCCGGAGCUGUCAGUUCAACACAAGCAGCAAGCAUAACACUCCCCUUCGCCGCCCCUCCGUCAUCUCCGGUAUCUUUCUUUCAAUCAGAACCUCCCUCAACCGCACACUCACCGGUUGGUAAAAUCUCUCACACUUGUAUCUCUGCCAGCAUGUACUCUCCUGGUGGUCCUGCUUCGAUCUUUGCCAUUGGCCCUUUUGCUCAUGAAACCCAAUUAGUAUCACCACCUGUUUUCUCAGCUUCAUCCACCGCUCCUUUCACCCCACCUCCUGAAUCUGUCCACUUGACCACCCCUUCUUCGCCGGAGGUUCCAUUUGCUCAGCUUCUUGACCCCAACAACAGGAAUUCCGACACCUUUCACCGCUUCCAAAUAUCUCACUACGACUUCCAGUCCUAUCAGUUUCACCCCGGAAGUCCAGUUGGUCAACUCAUAUCACCCAGAUCCGCCAUCUCUGCCUCCGGCGCCUCAUCGCCGCUCCCUGACUCUGAAAUUAAUGCCACUCUCUCCCAUAUUCUUGAUUUCCAAAGACCAGACCCUCCCAAGCUUCUCGGCAUUGAUAAACUUUCUGCUUAUGAAAACAGGAAGUCAAACCAAGGUUCCGAGAUCAAAAUGUCCCCACGUCCAAGCAACAAUCGGGUUAAUGAGAUCAGUAUAAAUCAUAGAGUUUCAUUUGAUAUAUCUGCCCAGAAAGUUUUGGAAUCUCUGGAAAACAACCCAGCAGCAUCGGCAUGGACUAAGGUCAUGUCGAAAUUGAAAAACGAUUCUCCAACAGCAGCAGACAAAGAAGAUAAUUUUGGAGAAACCGGGUGCAAUGAGAAACAAGUCCUUGCUGAAACUCACGGUGAUCAACCGCUGGAAACCAAUUUGAGCGGAGAUGAUGCAAGAGUUCACGAGAAGGAUCAGUCCUUAACUUGUGCUAAAGAAUUCAAUUUUGAUAAAGCAGAUGGAGGGGAUUCUCUUGCUCCCAAUAUAGUUGCUGACUGGUGGGCUAAUGAGAAAGUUGCAGGGAAGGAGAGAGGGGCCACCAAAGAUUGGUCCUUUUUCCCAAUGAUUCAACCUGGUGUCAGCUAACCAUUAAAGACUCACAUAAUGAUUCACGAAUUUGGCAUUGGUUUUUGAUUUUGUGCCAUGAUAUGCUUGACAGAACCCAACAGCACACACACAUGCUAGAUUCAAUCAUAGUAAAUUAAGAUUUGCAAGUCUAACACAGUGAUGGGGUUCUUUUUUGAAUCCAAUGGCCCCGAAAAAAAUAAUACUAGUUUGCUUAAUAUGUGUUCUAGUUUUUACCAAGUUUCUGUUAGAAAUAGCUGUACAUUUUUAGCAUAUGUACCCUCUACGAUUUUAUAUGUAUAAUAUAGUUGACCAAUGAUCAUGAUUGU